AUGGCCGAUACUACUGGACGAAUUCCUCUUUGGAUAAUAGGUACUGUAGCUGGUAUUCUUGUGAUCGGUUUACUAGGUAUUUUCUUUUAUGGUUCAUAUUCUGGAUUAGGCUCAUCUCUGUAG